GUGCUUUACCUAUUUUCAUCCAAAACCCCACUGCUUCGCCAAGGACACAACCUGACGCCAGUCAAAGAGUAAAACCACCGUCAUGUCCAACCAGGUCGCACCCAAACAAACACCCCAGAAAAAACAAAUCUCGCAGAAAGAAUACGACCACUGGGAAGAAUGGGCGCCUGAAACUAUCAAGGAUUACCAGGUGUCUUCCGGUAGGCCUGUGCCAGUAACAGUUCACCAGAAACGGCACCAACCACAGCAUCAGCCAUCACAACAGCAAAAUCAGCCUCAAACCACCAGCGCUAGCAUAAUCCAAGGCCGUAUACCGAACAGACGCUCACAAGUUCGGUCAUCCUCUCUUUUUGAAGAAUGGAAGACUAAAGCCUUGCGUAACCCGGUGCAGCUCAACGAGCCCAUCGUUUCUCCUACAACUACGCUGAAACAAAACAACGAGACAGAGGGUGUUACUUGCGGCGAAGCACGAAAAAGGCCAUUGGGGAAAAGAGUUGAUGAACCAGACAAUUUUCAAGCGAAGAUUAAACCAACAAACGAUUCUUGUGAUCGACAGCCGGCAACAACCAAGGCCGACGGCUUUAAUUCAGAAACUCCAAGUUCUGUUACAUUCUCAGGUACCCAAAGCGACCCCUUUAUCAAUCCUACGGCAACUAUCAGGAAGAAGGCCUCAAAGAGAGGAAGAAAACAAGACCGCCCAGAACGUCAACAACAACACUCCAAGGUCAGAGGACAGAAACAGCCAGCAUACGUGUCCCCGAACGGCACUCAUUUUGACGCUGUCGAGCUGAGACAACUGGCUCUUGGAGUCAGACUCGAAGGCAAGGAUGUUGUGUAUUUCCUUCCUUGCUUCAUAGAAGAUCCGUGGAAAGAUAUGAAGCCAUCUCCAUAUGCCCACCCAGCGGAACUCAAGAACAGAUCCUAGACGCAUGCUUACAUCAACUAUCCAUUUUACGUUACAAUUGAGGGCGAAGAAAGGACGUUUGAUGACUACUUUUCCGAGGGUAUGAAGAGGAUAUUAGUGGUUCACUGGUCAUGUCGGCUGAUUUUACCUAUUACUUCUCAUUUCCCCAGAGGUUGAGAAGAUUUAUCGUGUUGACCUCGAGCAAAUAUC